AUGAACCCUGACAUGCUUGUUCUGCAUCGACCAUUCCACCACUUUGACAUCGGUACCGCCGACGACGUUUUGCAAGUCAUAAAGCAGCACCACGAGAACCGUGGCCUGUGUCUGCCGGCAGACGAGAGGAUAACUCGUCGGCCCCGAUGCGUGGUGUUCUCACCAGAGACGGUGGAGCAGGCAGUCCAAGCUCACAUCUUGUG